CGAUGUGCUCAUGUGCAGAGUCAGAGACUAAGAAGUUAUAGCAUCAGCCAUUCAGCCUCUUUCCUAAGUUCCAUCUGAAGCGUCAUUCUUUUCUUUUCUUUUCUCGUAUGCGCUCUUUUCCCUUUGGCGCUUCCUCUUCAGUCUCCGCAAGUCCUCUUUCUCUUCGUCAUUCGUAUUACAAAAAAUUUCCUCUGCAUAUUGCCUAUGAAAUGAUCUUAAUCCUCUUAUGCUAGGAUGGGAGCAGGGAAGAAGGCUCAAAAUUCUCAGUACAGGAGGCGGUCAUCUUCGCUUUCAAAUUCAUCAGCCACUACUGUAUUUGGCAGAAAUUUGGAGAAGAAUCAACUUGGAGGUGUUGUAUUUGGGUGCAAGAAUAAUACAAUUAGAGAAUGUCUUUCUAAACAACUCUUUGGUUUACCAACUCAGCAUUUCUCAUAUGUGAAGAAUAUUGAACCUGGGUUGCCGCUGUUUCUAUUCAAUUACAGCGACAGGAAACUUCAUGGAAUUUUCGAGGCGGCUAGCAAUGGAAAGAUGUCUAUAGACCCUUACGGAUGGACUGCUAAUGGUUCGGAGAGAACACAAUAUCCUGCACAGGUGCAAAUUUGUGUUCGGCUUCAGUGCCAGCCACUGUCCGAGGAUAAAUUUAGACAUGCAAUUGCAGACAACUACUACAAUAAAAACCUUUUCUGGUUUGAGCUGGACCAUGCACAAACUAGCAAGCUGAUUUCUUUGCUAACACCAACAGCAAUUGUGCCUGGUAGCUCUGUCCCUCAUCAUAUGCUGAAUUUGGCAAAUGUUUCUCAGCCGCCUCCAUCAUAUGAAACUUUGAGGGAAAGUGAACAGUUCACGGUGCUUGAAUCGGAUGUGGAGCAAUAUACUCACACCAGUGUGAUACCAGAAUCCGCUGAAAUUGAUUCUACUAUAGAUGAAGACAUCCAGCCAUUGGAUACUCAUUUAGGCAUGCCGGAAGCAAAACAGGAUGAGAAGAACCUCAUAUUUCUGAAACUAAAGCAGCUGUCUCUUAACAGUAAAAGACAAAAUCUAUCUUUGCCAGAUUAUGUAAAUGAUACCGCUGCUGCAAAUAAUAUGUGUCCAAUCGAAAAGGAUAAUUCUGAGGCACCAGCUGGUUUAGAGAAGAAAGUGGAUCCUAGUCCUUCAUUGGAAUAUCAAUAUGACAUAACCCAGUUGGUGCAAGAGGUCAAAGAACUGACAGCUUUCAAGAAAAUGCAGACCGAGAGGAAUAGUUACCUGGAGCAGAAACUGAAGGAGGCUUUGUCAGAAAUUCAGCAUCUAAGAGAUCGUUGUACAUUAUUGGAAUCUGCAUCUAAUGUUACGACACAUGUUGAGAAGACAUUAACCAAGUCAUCUCGAGAGCUCCAUCUAGACCACAAAGAUUCAUUGUUUCUAAUAGGAGGCUUUGAUGGAGAAUCUUGGUUGCCAAGUAUGGACAUGUAUUCUACUUCACAAAAUGCUAUCAAGUCUCUCAAGCCCAUGAGCUCAAUACGUUCAUAUGCUUCGGUCGUGCAGUUCAAUGGUGAUAUUUAUGUUUUUGGCGGUGGAAAUGGUCUUGUUUGGUAUGAUACUGUUGAAUCGUAUAACCCGAUUCUUGACAACUGGACCUUGUGUCCUGCAUUGAACCAGAAGAAAGGAAGCUUAUCUGGAGCUGUUUUGGAUAAGAAGAUAUUUGCUGUUGGUGGCGGCAAUGGAGUUGACUGCUUUUCAGACGUUGAGAUGCUAGAUUUAGACAUUGGACGAUGGAUCACUACACGCUCAAUGCUAGAAAAGAGAUUUGCUCUUGCUGCUGUUGAACUCAACGGUGUGCUUUAUGCUACUGGUGGAUUUGAUGGAAACGAUUAUUUGAACUCUGCUGAAAGAUUUGAUCCCAGGGAACAUUCUUGGUCCAAAAUCCCAAGCAUGAAUACGAGGCGUGGCUGCCACUCAUUAGUUGUUCUAAAUGAAAAGCUCUACACUCUAGGUGGCUUUGAUGGAAGUGCAAUGGUUCCGAGCCUUGAAGUGUUUGAUCCCCGUCUCGGCACAUGGAUGAUGGGAGAACCAAUGAAUCACCCUAGGGGUUACUUUGCUGCUGCAGUCAUCCAUGAAUCUAUUUUUGUGAUUGGGGGAGUUAAAUCUGGUGACAACAUUGUAGAUACGGUUGAGAAUUAUAAGGAAGGUCAGGGAUGGCAAGAAACUUGCAGAACCUCGGUUGCGAAAAGGUGUUUCUUGUCCGCAAUUGCCUGCGGUCAUGAGUAAACAGAAGGAUGUUCAUAAUCACCAUUGCUUUUUGUAAAGUCACAGGAUGAAGAGAUUGUCUUUUCUGACUCUAAAUCCUUCUCUAUGUUGGCAUUGCUUUUUCUGUUUACUUCAAUGCCAAUAAUUCAGAGCUAGUGAUUGUUUCAUGUAAGGUGCUUGUGGGCUUGUGGCCGAGGUUGUGUGUGCAUAAAUGGUUUAGUU